AUGGUGGAGGCGGGGUGGAGGUUGGAGGAAUUGGUAGGGCAAAGUGCCCAUGCAGUAAUGGAAGAGGACCCGGUACCUCAGGAGCCGGAAUUUAGCGAAGAAGAGGCAGAGUGGGCUCCUCUGCCAGACAGUGAAGAAGAAGAAGAGCUUGAGGCACCGGUGGCACCAAUGGAGACGAGUGACAUUGCGGAACCGGUAGAAACAGUACGUGAACUCGACCUACGAUCAAGGACGAUCAGAAUCCCGGUUCCUGCCACGCAGGAAGUAUUGGCUGCGGCACGACCGGAAGAGUUUCAACCAGCUGACUUGAAAGACCUUCCGGAGCAACUCCGAAUGGAGUUGGAAGUGCCGCAGGUGGAGCCAUACAUGAUAGCUCAAGGAGAAGGAAGCAAAAAUAUCGUGUGUGAUCUCUGCAGCAGGCAAUUUGAGACACUGAAAGGGUGGCGUAUUCACGCCUCAAGAACACACAAGCAAGAUGGUUUUUGCUCCCGCUGUGGGCACAACCUCUUGCUGCCACCCGGAUUUACGGCCGCACAGAGAACGGCAGCGGUGGAACUUCAUGCCCUCGACUGGUGCCCGAGGGCAUGUGCGGCCAUAAUAAACGAACGACAGGUGAAGCGCCGAAGACUUGAUCUGGUGGGAAGAGAAGAGGAUGCCCAUCACCUCUUCAUUCCAGGCCAAUGA